AACGAACCAGCCCACCGAACUCGUCUUCUCCUCCUCCCCUUCGUCUUCUCCUCCACUGGACCCCCCUCGACUCGGCUGAAGGCGGCGUGCACGGAUCCUUCACCUCAACGGUAGUCAACCAUGGUUUUCCUUCAGGCAGAGAUGUGCUGGAAUGUACUGAUCUCAGCUGGUCAGCUGAGCCCCAAGGGUCUGCUGCUCCGCAAGUCUAUCAUUGUGCGUCUUCUGGAGGACGUAACCAACAGGAAGGCCUCCAAGGAGCAUGGCUACUACAUUGCUGUCAAUGGGUUGAAGGAGAUAUCUGAUGGGAAAAUUCGUGAGCUGACCGGAGACGUUCUUUUCCCGGUCACAUUCACCUGCAUCACUCAGAGGCCUAUGAAGGGUGAGAUCUUGGUCGGCUCCGUGGAGAAGAUCCUCAAGCAUGGCGUGUUCCUCAAAUCUGGGCCAAUUGAAAACAUCUUCAUGUCGGAGAAGUCAAUGAGCGACUACAAGUACAUGGGUGGCGAGAACCCCAUGUUCAUGAAGGACUACUCGAAGCUGGAGAAGUACACCAUCGUGCGCUUCAAGGUCAUGGGGUUCUGCUGGAUGGAAGCAGAUCGCCAGUUCCGGCUUCUCGCGACGAUGGCUGGUGAUUACCUUGGGCCGCUGUGAUCAGCUUCGACAGGUUAAACAUGCAUGGUCCCUGCUUUGUAUUUUGUUAUCCUGGUGGAUGAUUGGAUGGGUCUGCAAUGUACAUCGGAGUUUCUAUCCAAAAUUUGGGAUCAUUUUUAGGAUUCACAAACAUUUUUCAUGAAAUUUUGGACAUGUUUUGAAUUUGUGAACAAUUUCCGAG